AUGUAAUCAAGUCUUCAAAAAUCUUCAAUUAUCAAAAGAAGCACUUUUUUGAAUUAAUCCUAAGCUUUUACAACAACUAGUCGCCCCAGUUCUGCAUUUAAAGAUAAUAGUGAUAAAAAAGAAUUAAGAAGGUAUAUUUUUAUGUUUUAUUUAUUAGAUACCCUACAGAAUGGGUGGAAUAAAUUGAUAACAAAUCAGAUAAUAAAUUUCAUCACACAAUUAUGAAUAAAAGCAAAGAAGAUCAUAAUCCAAAUUUGGCAUCACCUAGUAAAAUUUUUGGAGUUUAAGAAGGGUAAUUAGUUUAUUUUAUUAAAGAAACAAUCCAAGUAGAUUUCAUACUUAGAAUGAUGAUAUAGUAUCAUCAUUUAGAAGAAAGAAUUAAUCUCUUGGAAAUUUGGGAAGUUGGUAAUUCUAAUCUCCUUCUGCUUAAUCUAUCGUUAAAGAUAAUAAUAAUAAAAAUACUGCUCUUUCUUUCUCUAAAAGACUUGAUUUAGCAGUUCCAUUAUCUGAGCUAUUAGAAAUCUCAAGAUAAUUAGAUUGUUCUCAACCAGAAGAAAUUAAAUUAUUAUCAAGAGGCUAUGUUAAUGAACUUUUUUUAUUAUCCUAAAAAAUUGAAAGAGCACUUAAGAAUAUCAAUAGAUGA